CCAGGAAUGAACAAAACUUGAUAACUCCUCCCUCUUCUUCCUCCUCUCAAACACAGCCAGCUCCACUCUGUGCACAUAUUUCCUUGUUCCCUCCCCUUCAGAGCUACAGGUUGCAGAUGGGUGUAACCAACAUGCUGGGGGAAGUACAACAGCGUAUCACAUGCUGUUGUUACAUCAGAGCUCAGACUAGUUUCACUUCUCAGGAAGUGAGACUCAGACAGUCGUUGUCACUGAGCGAGAGGUGAAAUGGAGCAGAAAGGAGUUCAGCUGGACCGGGAAACUAUUUCUUGUUCCAUCUGUCUGGAUCUACUGAAGGAUCCGGUGACUAUUCCCUGUGGACACAGCUACUGCAUGAACUGUAUUAAAGGCUUCUGGGAUGAAGGGGAUGAGAAGGAAAUGUACAGCUGCCCUCAGUGCAGGCAGAGCUUCAGACCGAGGCCUGUACUGGUGAAAAACACCAUGUUAGCAGAUUUAGUGGAGGAGCUGAAGAAGACUGGACUCCAAGCUGCUCCUGCUGAUCACUGCUAUGCUGGAGCUGAAGAUGUGGCCUGUGAUUUCUGCACCGGGAGAAAACUCAAAGCCAUCAAGUCCUGUCUGCAAUGUCUGGCUUCUUUCUGUGAGAAACACCUUCAGUUUCAUUACGAAUCAGCUCCAUACAAGAAACACAAGCUGGUGGAGCCGUCCAAGAAGCUCCAGGAGAACGUCUGCUCUCGUCACGAUGAGGUAAUGAAGAUUUUCUGCCGUACUGAUCAGCAGCUUAUCUGUUAUCUCUGCUCUGUGGAGGAACAUAAAGGCCACGACACAGUCUCAGCUGCAGCAGAGAGAGCUGAGAGGCAGAGAGAGCUCGAGGGGAGUCGACAGACCAUCCAGCAGAGAAUCCAGGACAGAGAGAAAGAUGUGAAGCUGCUUCAACAGCAGGCGGAGGCCAUCGAUCGCUCUGCUGAUAAAGCAGUGGAGGACAGCGAGAAGAUCUUCACCGAGCUGAUCCGUCUCCUGGAGAAAAGAAGCUCUGAUGUGAAGCAGCAGGUCAGAUCUCAGCAGAAAAGUGAAGUGAGUCGAGUCAAAGAGCUUCAGGAGGAGCUGGAGCAGGAGAUCACUGAGCUGAAGAGGAAAGACGCUGAGCUGAAGAAGCUCUCACACACAGAGGAUCACAACCAGUUUCUACACAACUACCCCUCACUGUCACCGCUCAGCCAAUCAACAUCCAGCAUCCAUAUCCGUCCUCUGAGCUGCUUUGAGGACGUGACGGCGGCCGUGUCAGAAGUCAGAGAUAAACUACAGGACGUCCUGAGAGAGGAGUGGACAAACGUCUCACUGACAGGGACUGAAGUGUACGUUUUACUGCCACAACCAGAGCCCAAGACCAGAGCUGGAUUCUUAAAAUAUUCACGUGAAAUCACACUGGAUCCAAACACAGCAAACACACUGCUGUUAUUAUCUGAGGGCAACAGGAAAGCAACAUUAAUGAGACAACAACAGUCUUAUUCUAGUCACCCAGACAGAUUCACUAACAGGCGUCAGGUCCUGAGUAGAGAGAGUCUGACUGGACGUUGUUACUGGGAGGUGGAGAGGAGAGGAGGACUUUAUGUAGCAGUCACAUACAAGAAUAUCAGCAGAGCAGGGAGGUCUGAUGAAUGUAGAUUUGGACGAAAUGCCAAAUCUUGGGCGUUAAAUUGUAACAACACCAAAUAUACAUUUUGGUCCAACAAUGUAGAAACUCCCGUCUCAGGUCCUAAGUCCUCCAGAGUAGGAGUGUACCUGGAUCACAGUGCAGGUAUUCUGUCCUUCUACAGCGUCUCUGAAACCAUGACUCUCCUCCACAGAGUCCAGACCACAUUCACUCAGCCCCUCUAUGCUGGACUUUGGGUUUAUGGAGACUCUGCUGAGUUGUUUAAACUGACAUAGACAGAAGUCAUUUAAGGGUUAAAUUCUGUGUUUUAACUCUUCAACUUAUUUAGUCUCCAUGUUUGUUGCUGAGAGCUGAUUGUUGUGACAUUCUAUUUUUUGGACAUUUUUCACGUGCUUACACGUUUGUUGCUUUUUUUUAAUUUAUUUUUGCUUCUAUCAAAAUUUUUUGACACUUUGGACAUUUAUUUGCUUUCCUAAACAUUUGUGUAAUUUUCUUUGACGUCUUUUUUUGCUUGUAUUGACGUUUUAGAAGUGAUGAGAUGAUUUCUGUUUGUUGAUGAAAACCAUUCGGGGAGCCCCAGAAGCUCUCAAUGUGCUCAGUUGAGAUCUGUUAUUUUAUCUUUGAUUGUUGAAACAAGGACGAUAUGUUAAAAAAGAUCUUUACCGAGAUGAUCUGUAGAUAUUAGCUGUUGUUUGUUAUUCAUGUAUUUCUCCACGUUAUGUAUCUGCGGGACAGGAAGAUGUCUGUUAAAUAGCGGUGUCUUGUAAUCCCAUGUGGGACGGGCCAAAUGUUUGGCGUGACACAGAAAU